GGUUCUCUGGUAAAACAAGUAUAAUAUGAAUCCCAGGAAGUUGUCCCUCAUGGUGGGCAUCUUUUCUGUCCUCAAUACCAUCCAGUUCCUCAUCUUUGACCUGAGCCAGUUGACACAGCUUGGCUAUGAGGACAAUUUCAGCAUCUACCAGCACGCACAGUCUGGACCAGUCUCUUGGAUCACAACCUUCAGCUAUAACAUCAGCAUUGGCCUGUCCCUCAUCACCAUCCUGGUCAGCUGCUUCCUCCUCUACUCUGUCCACAGGAGCAUCUAUGUGGGGCUGCUCAUCUACACCUUGUGGAUCGCCACCUACGAGCUCACCAGCUUCUCCAUUGUCCUGCUCAUCAACAGGACCAUCAAGAAGCAGUUCAAGGAGCUGAGCUCCUUGUACCUGACCUUGCAAAUCUCACGCACGCUCCUGCACUUUUUCUGUCUGCCCUUCGUUGUCAAGCACGCAUACACCCUUUACAAGGUCCCCCGGACUGUGGGCAAGGUGCACCAGCGCAGGGUCUCCUCUCUCAGCACACAGGACCACAGGCUAAACUGA